GCAGCGCACGGACCAGACACAGCCUCGUCAGCGUUGAUGAUCUAAUCGGAGACAGACCCUGUUCACAAUCUCACUUCAACAGCCCACUUCUGGCAGCAGCGCCAACCCCCGGAGAUACACCAGCGAUAUCUAUACCUCAAAAAUGCAGCUCUUAUUCGUUGAGAACAAUCUUGUCGUCCAAAAAUUGUGUCAUCGCAUCGGCCAAAGACUAGGCUGUGAGGUGGUUGCCAUCGGCUCUGGCACCGCAGCCCUCGACCACUUGGCCACGGCCCCUACCCUACCACAUAUCAUCUUCAUAAAGACCUCCCUUCCAGGAAUGAGUGGCUACGAUUUGGUUCGUAUCAUCCGCACGCAGCCGCCCUUCUGUAACGAUCUCCAACUGCAAACGAUUCCGCUCAUCGGACUGACGGCGUCGGCGUCCGGAACCAACUUGUCUCGGGAGAGAGCAACUGGCUACAAUGAUUUCCUUCGCGCUCCCUUGCGGGUAAGCACGUUGGGGGAGACAAUUGGCCAUUGGACCCGUCGACAGGUUAUGGGCCCGGCCGACGUGCCCGCUUGGCAAAUGAAGGCGUGGCAUAGGCUUCAUCGUGGUCCGCGAUCACGGCUGUGAUACCCGUAUGUGAUGAAGAUGAAGAGGGAUGACCCGGAGACUUGAUCAAGAGCGACUGCUGCAGAAUUUCAAUAGAUGAAGAGAAUACAACGCAUUUAGGUCAUGGUUUCUGCCAAGCCUUUCGACGCGUAGCCAGCCUUUACCGUGCGUGGU